AUGUCCGACGAUAUUGAAUAUUGUUAUAGUCCAGGAGACUCUUGUAUAAUUUGCCCCAAUAUUAGCGAGAAUAAACUACCAACACACAGGUCAUCUUGUAGUUUCUUGUCUUUAAUCAAAGCCUUUGACAAAGGCUUAGGUUAUUGUUUGAGAAACAAGCCGAAACAUCUUUUCGGCUCACCCUUUUGUGGUAACGGUUUUAUUGAAUUCAACGAGGAAUGUGACUGCGGAGUGUAUCCGAGUGUAGCAUGUGCUACAUGUUGCAACCCGCUAACCUGUCUCUUGAAGCCUAACGCGACUUGCGCUUUAGGAGAAUGCUGUGAUCUAUGGACAUGUCAGGUGGAAGAAAUAUUAACAGUUUGUCGACCAGAGAAGAAUGAGUGUGAUUUACCCGAAUAUUGUAACGGAUUUUCCGGAGAUUGCCCAAAAGAUGUGUACAAGAUGGACACUACACCUUGUUCUCAUGGCGAGGCAUACUGUGUAAAGGGCGAAUGUAGUACACAUAGCGACCGGUGUCAACUGCUCUGGGGAGAGUCAGGAAUAAUGUCCAACAAGAAAUGUUAUGAAACUUUUAAUGUCCAAGGCAAUGAAAAUCGUUACUGUGGUUACCGACGUGGUGAGCAAAUAACAUAUAAAGAAUGUUCUGAACAAGACGCGCUCUGUGGCUUGUUACAUUGUGUACAUGACAACAGUAGCCUACAGAUAGAUAUGGGAGACGAAACAACAAAAUCGAACCAAGUAAAUCAAAGCUUUGCCAAUUCAGGCAUACGUCAUUUGACUCAUUUCCAUGAUUGCAAUACAGCUAUGAUAGAUCUGGGUCUGCCUGAGGAGGACCCAGGUUUGGUACCAGAUGGUGCUAAAUGCGGUGAAGAAAUGAUGUGCUUGAAACAAAAAUGCGUAUCUAUAGCGUCCGUACGUCAAGGUAUUGCAAAAAUGAAAACAUCCAUUUGCCCUUGGAAUUGCUCAGGAAAUGGCAUUUGUAACUCCGAAGGUCACUGUCAUUGUUCCCCUGGUUUCGAACCGCCGCGCCGUUGUGUAAUCGCGCCAACGUCGGAUCCAUUGACUCCGAACCGACAUGUUAUAUCAAGCAAGUUAAUUUGU